CUUUGUGCAUUUGUGGCGCAUAUUAGAUGGACGCCUAACUAGGGUCUGAUUCUGAUCCAAAUAGCCCUUUGCUUUCUCUCUCUAUUAAACAACUGUUUAAAUUGUCGCCGUCUGAUUUUCUACUUCCGAUCAUCUCCGUCGUCCAAUAUCCUUUACAAAUCUUAGCUUCACACUCCUUUUUCUCUGCUUUUAUGGUCUAUUAUCUACUCUCAGCUACUUCACUCUCAGUUAUGAUACUCAAAUAUCCUCUCGCCCCGAUCCGAUUCGUUUCUUGUCGGAUAGCUUUCGUGUUAGAUCCCGUCCCGCCGUAAUUUCGUUCUCUCUAUAAGGUUUUUUAAUUCUCAGUUUCAAGCUUCUCCGCCGAUCCACUGAAUAUCGGCCGUCGAAAAUUUUGACCGAGAUUUAUAAUUUUUGUUUUAGUGAAGAAAAAAUAAAUUUUAUUUAUAUAUCGAGGAGGUUGUAAAUUUUUUUUUAUGGACAACGAUAGAAGGGUAAAUAAUAUGGGUGCUGCAAUGUCAGAUACGGUUGCAGAGUGCGUGAUCCCGUACAUACACGACCCCAAGGACCGAGACGCCGUUUCGUUAGUGUGCCGGAGAUGGUACGAGCUGGACGCAAUUACACGUAAGCACAUAACGAUUGCUUUGUGCUACACGACCACACCGGAGCGGUUACGGCGUCGUUUUAGCCACUUAGAAUCGUUAAAAUUGAAGGGGAAGCCGAGAGCGGCGAUGUUUAAUUUGAUACCCGAGGAUUGGGGCGGGUACGUGACGCCUUGGGUCAAAGAAAUUGCUCAGUCGUUUUGUUGUUUAAAAUCGCUUCACUUUCGGAGGAUGAUUGUGAAAGACUCGGAUCUGGAAGAUUUAGUUAGGGCUCGUGGGAGGAAUCUUCAGGUUUUGAAGCUGGAUAAGUGUUCUGGGUUCUCUACUGAUGGACUUCUCCACGUGACUCGCUCGUGCAGGCAAUUAAGAACCUUAUUUUUGGAGGAGAGUGCAAUGACUGAGAAAGAUGGCGCUUGGCUUCAUGAACUAGCUUUAAAUAACACAGUUCUUGAGACAUUAAACUUCUACAUGACAGAACUUGUGAGGGUCAAUUUUGAAGACCUGGAACUCAUAGCCAAAAAUUGUCCGUCCUUAACAUCAGUGAAAAUAAAUGACUGUGAACUCUUGAACCUUGUUAAUUUCUUUCAGACUGCAACUGCUUUGGAGGAAUUUUGUGGGGGCUCCUUCAAUGAUCAACCAGCAGACAAGUAUUCUGUUGUAUCAUUUCCCCCAAGGCUAUGCCGUUUGGGCCUAUCCUAUAUGGGGAACAAUGAAAUGUGCAUUGUAUUUCCGCUUACAUCCAAUUUGAAAAAGUUGGACCUCCUCUACGCAUUGCUGGACACAGAGGAUCAUUGUCUGUUAAUUCAGAGGUGUCCGAACUUGGAAGUUCUUGAGACAAGGAAUGUAAUUGGAGAUAGAGGUUUAGAAGUUCUUGCUCAGAAUUGUAGGAGACUAAAGAGGCUUAGAAUUGAGCGAGGGGCUGAUGAGCAGGAAAUGGAGGAUGAAGAAGGUCUAGUCUCACAAACAGGUUUAACUUAUCUGGCUCAUGGCUGCCUGGAGCUGGAAUACUUGGCAGUUUAUGUAUCAGAUAUCACAAAUGCAUCACUGGUAUGUAUAGGGAAUAACUUGAAAAACCUCUGUGAUUUUCGCCUAGUUUUGCUUGACAGAGAAGAGAAGAUAGCAGAUUUGCCACUUGAUUACGGAGUUCAAGCUCUGUUGAUGGGAUGUCAAAAACUUCGAAGGUUUGCUCUAUAUUUAAGACAGGGAGGUCUAACAGAUGUUGGUCUCAGUUAUAUUGGGCAGUACAGUUUAAACGUGAGGUGGAUGCUUUUGGGUUGUGUUGGGCAGUCUGAUGCAGGGCUUAUAGAGUUCUCGAAGGGAUGCCCUAGCCUGCAAAAACUAGAAAUGAGAGGUUGUUCCUUCAGUGAGAGUGCCUUAGCUAUCGCUGUGAAGCAACUGACUUCUCUGAGGUACUUGUGGGUGCAAGGAUAUCGAGCAUCCCAAAAUGGUCGUGAUCUUUUAGCAAUGGUACGCCCAUAUUGGAACAUCGAGUUGAUUCCUCUAAGACAUGUUCAUGAGGCUGAUGAGAUUGGACAGCAAGUAGUGAUUGAGCAGCCAGCUCAUAUCCUUGCAUACUACUCCCUUGACGGACCAAGAGCAGAUUUUCCAGACACGGUGUGCCCAUUAGAUCCAGAAUCUUUACUUACCACAUAGAAGUAGCUGUAUAUACAUCCUUUUGCAAAGUCUAUGUUGUUUUUCAUUUUAAUGCCACGCCCUGUUUAUAAAUUGAAAAAAUAUUUUCAUUUUUGGUGAAAUUUGUAGUUGUGAUUUUUUGUUUGUUGUAGACUUUUGUUCAUCAAUAAGUUUGUGUUUUCAUCUGUAAUCUGAAAACGCUUGCUUCUGUCA